GGAUAUGGUGACCGAAGUCGUGGAUAUAGUGAUCGAGAUCGGGGAUACAAUGACCGUGAUCGCGGUUAUUCUAACCGUGAUCGUGGUUAUGAUAAUCGAACAUCAGGAUAUGGUAAUGGCGAUCGCGAAUAUGAUGACCAAAGUCGAGGAUUUGGCGAACGGGAUGGAGUCUAUGGAGAUAGUGGUCGAGGAUUUUCGAAUAGAGGAAGAGAAUUUAGAAGUAGAGGGUUCAGUGAUAAAAGAUUUGGAGAUCGAGAAUUCAGUAGAGAUGGAAUGUAUGGUACUGAUAGAGAUUUUGGUGGUGAAAGAGGUGGUAGGGAUAGGCCAUUUGAUGAACGUGAUGUUGUUAAUGAUUCUGGUGAUCGAUCAAAAGAUUCGGAAGAUACUCAAGAUCGUAGAGAUGAGUCCAGACCAGACGAUAAAAGAAGUGGUGAUGAACCCAAAGAUGAAAAACGAGCACCUACUGAGCGUCGACGCUUACAACUACAACCUCGAACAAAGCCAAAGAAUGAUGAUGUUUCAACUGGUAAUGAGACUUCAACAUCGUCUGCUAUAUUUGGAGGUGCAAAACCCGUUGAUACUGCAACAAAGAAAAGGAGAUAGCUGCUCGUUUGGAGAAACUGAAUUCUGAAAAGAAUCUCGCAGUGUUUUGAUGGUGAUCGACGUCGAUUCAAGUCUAACAGCAGUGAAGAUGGGAAAAGAAGGGCAGUGAUCGCAGCGGCGAUAACGAAGUAUCACGUGAUGGCUUGAAACCUGAUCGCGGGAAAGGACGUGGUAAGAGCCCGGGGAAAGGAAGUAAACGUGAGCCGAAGAUUGUGGAACCAAAGAAAUUUGAGGAGCCAGAAGUUAAGGUUUGGGCUGAGAAAAGUAAAUUUUCAGCUUUACUUGUUGAGGAAGACGAUGAUGUUGAUUUGGAAAGUGAUGAAGACGAAGAAAAGAGUACCGAAACAUGUAAAACUGAAGAUAGUACACAGGAAGUUGAGACGAAAGAUGAUAAUGAUACUGAACAAAGUAAAAAUAGUCAAGAAAAUGAUCGUGAAGAUGAUGCUAAACAAUGCUGAAUCUUUACGCAAUUUUUAAUGAACAUGACGCAAAAUAUCUUAAUUUAUUUACCACAGUAAUAUUUUAUUACUUCGUCACAAUACUUUGCAUUUAAUGAAAAUAAUUUAAUCUAGCGAUCACCACAUUACUGAUCAUUAAUAUGUGUAUAGCUUUUAUUGCUUAUUGAGGUAAAAUGGAAUUUUUUUACUUACGUGAAA